AUGGCGUGCCUGGCAAACUUUGGGCUGGCGCAGGGUGACGGGCGGCAGCAGGCAGAGGCACUGGGGGAGCUCAAGCUGCAGGUCAACCGCGGGGACUAUCGGGCCCUCUCGCAGGCGCCGCCCGCGCUCGCGCUGCUGCUGCUGGACGGGUGGUUCGGAAGCUUCCAGUCCGAGUCCGUGAGCGAGGCGUCCCUGGAGGUGCUCAUCGACGAGUCCGAGGAGCUAAUCGCCCAGGAGGCCGACCUCAGGGACCUCCUCGCCUCCCUAGGGUCGUCAGACGCCCCUGCAACCGCUCCUCGCACCACCCGCGCGCCGGCCGGCGCCGCGCCGCCGAGCCCGGCGGAGAUCGCGCGGAUGCGGGCGGACGCAGAGGCGCGCACGCGGGCGGCGUGCCACGCGCUGGCGGCGCACGAGCAGGACCUGUUCCUCGCGUUUGCGGCGCUGCUGCGCAUCGCGCGCGGCGCCGGCGGCGCCGAGGACGGCGCAGGCGCGGGCACAGCGGACGCGGCCACGGCGACAGACGAGGGGGAGCAUACGGUGCUGCACGUGCGCGCCAGCGGCGACGAAGACGGCCAUCACCCUCCACACAGCCAGCGCCGCGAGGGCCGGCGCCGCGACCGGCCCGGGCAGCAAUACCCUGAGGCGCCCGGCCGCGCAAAGCCCGAGGAAGCUGAAGAGGCAAAGGAUAACAAGAUCAUGAGAUCCCUGUGCGACGUCAUUGCUGGCUGGCUGGUGCACCCGCUGGGGCCGGCGUGCGCGGCGGCCAGGGAGGCGGCGGGGGCGUUCCUUUGGUAUCUGGUUGCGGAGGACGCCGGAUACAGGUGGGGGCUGGGUUGUGUUGACAUUUGGUGUCGGUGUCCUCUGGAGUUGAUGAGAUGGGCGUGA